UGAGCAACCAUGAAUAACGCGUCGCCCCAUGUCCAGUGGAGCAUUAUCCGCAACAACUCUUGCUUCUUGAGGAAGGGACAGGGUCACACCUUCAGCUGUGAGCCUAACAACCUGAAGUGCAAAAACACCUUCAAGUUCAAUGGACUCAUCCACGACAAGACUGUUGGAAUCGAGGCAACCAAGGAUGGCAAGGGUGUCGUUCUCGUCACCAAGAAAAUCAAAGGAGCACGCAACAAGCCCAUCAAGCAGUUCAACCGCGUAGAGUUGAAGAAGGACGCACGCCGUACCCUCACCUCAAUCCGUCACAUCCUCAAGAAGAACAAGUACCGCAGGGACAUCAAGAAUUCUGCACUGCGAAGAGCUAGCGCCAUCCUCCGCAGCCAGAAGCCAGUGAUUCCAAUGAGGAAGAAGCGUGCCCCACGCAACAAGCGUCACUAGAGAGGGCGCCCCAACCAGACCUCCCAUUCACUGGGUUCUGAUCAUAAAUCCAAACCACAUGGACACCGGGACAAUACCAAACAAAAACUACAAAAUGUAAAACUUAUUAAAAAACCACUGGAUUAUGGAAGUUAAUUUCAUGAAGUUAAAUUUCUGAGGCACAUAAUAAAAACCAUUGUAUGUAAACAGAAA